AUGGCAACACUAGUUGAAGCUGAUAGAAGGUUAUCAAAUGUAAGUUUGGAUGAGAGAGAUUUAAGUGGAUCGGAGCGAAUCUUUCAUGGCGUAACGCAUAAACCGCAACUGUUUGCAUUUUUAUGCAAUAAACGUUAUGCAAAUUUGAAUAAUUUACUCCCACCAGUGGAAUUAAAAGCCAGCCGUGAACAAUUGGUGUAUGUUAUUUUAGUUUUACUGGCUUUUUACCUAUUAUUUGGAUGUUUUGCUGAACUAAUCUGUAACGUCUUUGGAUUUGCAUAUCCCGCCUAUGCAUCUGUUAAAGCAAUCCGAACACCAAAUAAGGAAGAUGACACACAGUGGUUGAUGUAUUGGACAGUUUUUGCAACAUUUUCUAUAGUUGAUUCAAUGGUAUCUGUAAUUACGAACUCUCUUCCCAUAUAUUGGCUUCUCAAGGCAGCAUUCCUACUUUAUCUUUAUGUUCCCAACAGUAAUGGCACUCAGAUGUUAUUCUACAACAUUGUCAAUCCAAUAAUUUCAGUCAUUGAUGAUUUCAUUAACAGCAGUUAUCAGAGCAAACGAUUCAAUGAGUUUAAGAAUAAUCAUCGAUAUCGAUUAAUUUAAAUCAAUAUAAUAGGCAUAAUAAAAUUACGAGAUAAACUGGAAGAUGGAUGUGAUUUGAUAAAUAUCAAACUAAUCGUUGUGUAUUGC